CUGUGCUCCAUAACUCAAUCCGGGUCUGUAGGUGGGAAGGAGCAGAGAGGAAACAUCAGGGUUACACAGUAGUGAAGAAGAUAUCUAGUGAGUGUGAGAAACCCAACAUCCACCCACAUGUGUCAGGAGGAUUGAGCAGGUCCCAGAGCCCCAUCACGGGCCUCCACCUCACUCACUCAUACAUGAGAGACAAAAUGACCAGAAGAUCCUGCAACUCAGCAACAAGAUCAUUCAGCUGCUGACUGGAGAGGAGGGGGACUAUAUAGAGGAACACAGGGGUCUGUACAAAGACGUGAUGAUGGAGAAUCACCGGCCCCUCACAUCACUGGAUGGGCCGAGUAACAGAGAUACCCCAGGGAGAUGUCCCCGUCCUCUGUAUUCCCAGGAUUGUACAGAGGAGAAUCACAGGAUCCCACAGGAGGAUCAGGUUGAAUGUCUGACUGAUAUUAAAAAAGAAGAUAUAGAUGAAGAAGAAGAGACGUAUGUGACUGAUAUAAAGGCAGAAGAUAUAGAGGGAGAAGAAGAGACGUAUGUGACUGAUAUAAAACCAGAAGAUAUAGAGGGAGAAGAAGAGACGUAUGUGACUGAUAUAAAGGCAGAAGAUAUAGAGGGAGAAGAAGAGACGUAUGUGACUGAUAUAAAGGCAGAAGAUAUAGAGGGAGAAGAAGAGACGUAUGUGACUGAUAUAAAGGCAGAAGAUAUAGAGGAAGAAGAAGAGACGUAUGUGACUGAUAUAAAGACAGAAGAUAUAGAGGGAGAAGAAGAGACAUAUGUGACAUAUAUAAAGGCGGGAGAUAUAGAGGAAGAAGAAGAGACGUAUGUGACUGAUAUAAAGGCAGAAGAUAUAGAGGGAGAAGAAGAGACGUAUGUGACUGAUAUAAAAGCAGAAGAUAUAGAGGGAGAAGAAGAGACGUAUGUGACUGAUAUGAAGGCAGAAGAUAUAGAGGAAGAAGAAGAGACGUAUGUGACUGAUAUAAAGACAGAAGAUAUAGAGGGAGGAGAAGAGACGUAUGUGACUGAUAUAAAGACAGAAGAUAUAGAGGGAGAAGAAGAGACGUAUGUGACUGAUAUAAAGACAGAAGAUAUAGAGGGAGAAGAAGAGACAUAUGUGACUGAUAUAAAGGCAGAAGAUAUAGAGGGAGAAGAAGAGACGUAUGUGACUGAUAUAAAGGCAGAAGAUAUAGAGGGAGAAGAAGAGACAUAUGUGACUGAUAUAAAGGCAGAAGAUAUAGAGGGAGAAGAAGAGACGUAUGUGACUGAUAUAAAGGCAGAGGAUAUAGAGGGAGAAGAAGAGACGUAUGUGACUGAUAUAAAGGCAGAAGAUAUAGAGGGAGAAGAAGAGACGUAUGUGACUGAUAUAAAGGCAGAAGAUAUAGAGGGAGAAGAAGAGACGUAUGUGAGGGGUGAUCAGCAGUGUAAAGAGGAGGAGAUCCCUACAGAUAUCAGCAUAGCAGAUGGACACACAAGCAGGAACAUCUCAGAAGGACAUCUAAUGUUAUCCCUGGAUUGUGACAUAAAAGAUAAUGACAGUAGACAGGAUUCUCCAGGAGAUAACCCCAUUACCCCAAUUAUACAUCCAGCUCUAUCAGCUGGUCCCUCUGAUCCUGGGAAAUGUUCUCCUGAUCACUCUGAUAUUGGUGCAUCUGUUACAGCACUGAGAGUAGAUACAGUGUUUCCCUGUUCUAUAGGUGCCAAAUGUUUUACACAGAACACAAAGCCUAUUACCCAUGAGCCAACUAAGGCAUGUGAGAGGCCAUUUCCAUGUUCUGAGUGUGGGAAAUGUUUUACACGGAAAUCACAUCUUGUUAAACAUCAGCAAAGUCACACAGGUGAGAGGCCAUUUCCAUGUACUGAGUGUGGGAAAUGUUUUGCAUGGAAAUCGGAUGUUGUAGUACAUCAGAGAAGUCACACAGGUGAGAAGCCAUUUUCUUGUUCUGAGUGUGGGAAAUGUUUUACCCAAAAAUCACAUCUUGUUAAACAUCAGAGAAGUCACACAGGUGAGAAUCCAUUUCCAUGUUCUGAGUGUGGGAAAUGUUUUGCACACAAUUCAGAUCUUGUUAUACAUCAGAGAAGUCACACAGGUGAGAAGCCAUUUUCUUGUUCUGAGUGUGGGAAAUGUUUUACCCAGAAAUCACAUCUUGUUACACAUCAGAGAAGUCAUACAGGUGAGAAUCCAUUUCCAUGUUCUGAGUGUGGGAAAAGUUUUGCACACAAAUCAGCUCUUGUUAGACAUAACAGAAGUCACACAGGUGAGAAGCCAUUUUCUUGCUCUGAGUGUGGGAAAUGUUGUUUAAGUAAAUCACAUCUUGUUAUACAUCACAGAAGUCACACAGGUGUGAAGCCAUUUCCUUGUUCUGAGUGUGGAAAAUGUUUUACACGAAAAUCACAUCUUGUUACACAUCAGCGAAGUCACACAGGUGAGAAGCCAUUUCCAUGUUCUGAGUGUGGGAAAUGUUUUGCACACAAAUCAGAUCUUAUUAAACAUGAGAGAAGUCACACAGGUAAGAAUCUAAUUUCUUGCUCUGAGUGUGGGAAAUGUUUUACACAGAAAUCAAAUCUUAUUACACAUCAGAGAAGUCACACAGGUGAGAAGCCAUUUCCAUGUUCUGAGUGUGGGAAAUGUUUUGCACAUAAAUCUGAUCUUAUUAAACAUAAGAGAAGUCACACAGGUGAGAAGCCGUUUUCUUGCUCUGAGUGCGGGAAAUGUUUUACACAGAAAUCACAUCUUGUUACACAUCAGCGAAGUCACAGAUGAGACGCCAUUUCCAUACUCUGAGAAAUAAAUCAGCUCUUGUUGAACACAAUAGACAUCACUCAGGUGAGAAACCAUUUUAUUCUUUUGGAGUAUACUUAUUGCCAUGCGUUGUUCUUCAAGGUUCUUAUCCUAUCUCCUAGGCUUUUUGCAAUAUACACUGCUAAGCAGAUGACCUGUCUUUUGCUCUGGGCACUGAGAACUGAGUAACAAUCCUAAAUGGUUGUCUAGCUGAGCUCCAGGGGUGGGUGAUGCCAGUUGGCUGUGACUCGGUACUGGUGAAACAGGUCCUUAUGAUAGAAGCUCACCAACAAAGGGCAGGGCUACAGCUCAGCUUUACCUACCAACCAGACUAACGCUUGUGGGUAAAGAGUUACAAAAUGCUGAUCAUGUGCGGAAUCUUGGUGUCCUGGAUGGUGGAGUGACACCAUUAGACAUCCGGUAUCAGCCAGAAUCAGAUCCUCAUAUGUGGACCAUAGCCAGACUCCAGCACUUAUUUCCCUCAGAAGAUCUACCUACAGUCAUACAUGCACUUGUAUCAUCACACAUAGACUACUGCAAUGUCCUCUACCUGGGUCUCCCAGCAAAAGAAUUGCACCGCUUGUACAGAAUGCAGCAGCCAGGCUGUUACCUAACCAACCCGUUCCUGCCACAUAACAGCCAUUCUCUGCUCCCUGCACCGGCUGCCUGUAAGAUGGUGACUCUAUUAUAUAAUCUUACUGACUCCCAAUCCUACAUGACCAGGGUCCAUGGUACCAGAAGACACUACUGUGUCCUUACUGCCCCGUUACU